UCGAGUUCCGGAGUCUCGUCGCUUUUCCCGGCCGGAGCGGAGAUGCAGCCGCCGCCCAGAAAAGUGAAGCCGGUCCAGGAGGUGAAGCUUCGUUUCCUGGAGCAGUUGAGCAUCCUCCAGACCCGGCAGCAGAAGGAGGCCGAUCUCUUGGAAGAUAUCAGAUCCUACAGCAAGCAGAGGGCAGCCAUUGAACGGGAGUAUGGGCAGGCCCUCCAGAAACUGGCCGGACCAUUCCUGAAGAGAGAAGUGCACCGGAGUGGGGAGGUGGACACCAGGACGGUGUUUGGUGCCUGGCGCUGCCUGCUGGAUGCCACCCUUGCUGGGGGCCUCGCCCGGCUCCAGGUGUCCGACAGAUACCGCGACCUGGCAGGGCGAAGUGCCAGGGAGCAGGUCCUGAGGAAGGGAGUGGACACGCUCCAGAGGGCCCAGACUGAGGUGCUGCAGUCUGUCCGGGAGCUGAGCCGGAGCCGGAAGCUGUAUGGGCAGCGGGAACGCCUCUGGGCUGUGGCCCAGGAGAAAGCGGCUGAUGUCCACACCAGGCUGAUGCGCAGCGACCAUGGGCUCUUCCACACACGGUCCAGCCUCCAGAAACUCAGCACCAAGCUGUCAGCCCAAUCGACCCAGUACUCCCGGCAGCUGCGAGAGGCCCGCAAUGAGUACCUCCUCAACGUGGAGGCCACCAGCGCGCACCUGGACCAUUACUACCAGGAGGAGCUGCCGGCCCUGCUCAAGGACCUGUUUAGAGAGCUGUUGGACCGUCUGAAGGACCCCCUGACUUUACUGAGCCACAUCGAGCUGGAAGCUGCGGAGGGGGCCCUGGAGCACGCGCGCAGCGGGGGCCAGGCCAUCUCUCAGAUAAGCUGGGAACAGGAGCUGCUGCGCUUUCUUCAGGAGCCGGGCGCCUUCUCGCGCCCUCUGCCUCAGCAGUUUCAGCCAGCGGGGACGGAUCAGGUGUGUGACCUAGAACUAGAAAAGAGCGAAGACGGCGUGGUGGUAGGGGACAGCGCCCUAGAGAAAGAGAUCCAGCGCUUGACAAACCGAGCUGCCCGUGACUACAAGAUCCGGAACCAUGGGUGUCGGGUGCUGCAGCGGUUGGAGCAGAGGCAGCAGCAGGCGUCAGAGCGGGAGGCUCUGGGCAUAGAGCAGCGGCUGCAGGAAGUGAAGGAGAGCAUCCGGCGGGUGCGGGUGAGCCAGGUGAAGGGGGCAGCCCGGCUGGCCCUGCUGCAGAGUGCCGGCUUGGAUGUGCAGCGCUGGCUGAAGCCUGCCAUGACCCAGGCCCAGGAAGAGGUGGAGCAAGAGCGGCGACUCAGUGAAGCCCGGCUGUCCCAGAGGGACGUCUCUCCCACGGCUGAGGAUGCUGAACUCUCUGACUUUGAGGAGUGUGAGGAGACCGGGGAGCUCUUUGAGGAGCCCCCGCCGCCGACCCUGGUCACCAGGCCUCUUCCCUGCUCUGCACACGUGGUGUUUGGCUAUCAGGCAGGGAAUGAGGAUGAGCUGAGCAUCUCGGAGGGCGAGUGGCUGGAGGUGAUCGAGGAAGGAGAUGCCGAUGAGUGGGUCAAGGCUCGGAAUCGGCACGGACAGGUGGGCUUUGUCCCCGAGCGCUAUCUCAACUUCCCGGACGUCUCCUUGUCCGAGGUCAGCCAGGACUGUGACUACUGCGCAGAGCAAGAGCGCCCAGUGUGCCUGGCCCGCGCCCUGUACACCUACAAGGCACAGAGCGUGGAGGAGCUGAGCUUCCCCGAGGGGGCUUUCAUCCGCCUGCUGCCCCGGACCCACGACGGAGUGGACGAUGGCUUCUGGAGGGGAGAGUUUGGGGGCCGUGUUGGGGUCUUUCCCUCCCUGCUGGUGGAGGAGCUGCUAGGCCCCACAGCACCACCUGAACACUCAGAUUCUGAAGAGAUGCUGCCAUCCCCUUCUCCUCCCAGCUUCUCCCCACCUGCACCCACCUCUGCCUCAGACGGGCCCCUUGCACCUGUCCUGCCUGGGGAUCAAGAUCUGGACUGUCCUGAACCCCUAAACACGAUGGUGCCUCGACUCAGGCCGGUGCGUCCACCACCUCCCCCACCAGCUAAAGCCCCAGACCCUGGCCACCUGGAUUCCCUCACCUGAAGCUCAGGGGGCAUCUGUGCCCCCCACCCACCCCAGUGACGCUGCUGCCCUGACUCCAUGACGUCAGAGUGACAUAGCCCAAGGCUGGGCUCCGCCGUCUCUACUCUGACCUACAGAGUAGCUUCCUCUCUCCCCGUGUCUGGCACCCACUCGUCCCCGCUCGCCCUCCUGCUGCGUGCCUUUCUGUUCCGCUGCUCCCCUGUCUCCAGGGUGAUGAAAUACCCUGAACUGUCUGGGGCUCCAACUCAUCCCCUAGAGCCUGGAGUGGGUGGCUCUGGCCCACCUGUGUGUGUCCAUCUGGCCGUGACACCCCACUCCAGAGCCAGGGUCACUACCCGUGGGGGCUGGGACAAGGGUGGGCCUAUUAGAAGGAUCUGGAGGCAGUAUGCAAAGCAGCUGUAAUAGUCUGAGCGGAUUUAUUGACAGUGAAUAAAGUGAAUAAAGAGGCCAGGGCCUAGGCCUCUUGUGCCAUGAGGGGGUGGGUCUCGAGGGGGUGCUAAGGUGCUAUUGCUUUAGGGGCCCACCUCGGGCAGGGGCCUGCUCCCAGCUGCCACCCUUUAGCGUAUGGAGCGAGUGACAGAGCGGCAGGUCAGGCAGCCUGUUGGCGGGCGGGGCAAGGAGAGGUGAUGGAGGGGUUGGGAUGGGGGGACUUCUGUAGCGGCCCCCAGCCCAAGACCGUGCAUCUCCAGGUGGAUGUAGGGCCCGUCCCUCAGCCGGGGGGCAGUGCUGUCCGUGGAGAGGAGGGGCUCCAUGCCCACCCACCCGGCCCUGCUGGUCGGUACCCGU